AUGGCAGAAGCCCCCAUCGUCCCCCCAAUAACUCCCCCACCACCCCCCGAAACAACACCCGAACGCCCCCUCCACACGCUCCCUCCGCCCUUCACUCACGCCACUCUAACACCCAUAACCCAAGGCGCCGAAGCCCUUGUCUACAAAACUACCUUUCUCACCCCCUCAACGCCCGUCGUCGUAAAAUACCGGCCCCCGAAACCCUACCGCCACCCCACGCUCGACCGACGCCUCACAAAACAGCGGUUACUAGCCGAAGCACGCAGUCUGGUGCGAGUGAAGAGGGAUGGGGUUAAUGUACCCGGGGUACUGGGCGCAGAUUGGGAAACCGGGUGGUUGGUGUUGGAAUUUGUGGAGGGGAAGACUGUGAGGAGGGUAUUGGAUGCGUGGGCGAAGGAGAGGAAGGAGAAAGACAAGGAUGGGGCGGGAGAUGGAAAUGAAGGGGAGGGAGAAGACAAGAUACACAACCUAAUGCGUCUGGUAGGGACAGAAGUGGGUAAACUACACAACCUAGGUGUUUGUCAUGGCGACUUGACUACGAGCAACAUCAUGUUACGUACACCACCAUCACUACCCUCCUCCGACGCAGACUCUCUCGACGGCACGGUCUACCUCAUCGACUUCGGUCUGACGAGCGCGUCGAUUCAAGAUGAAGAUAAAGCGGUGGAUUUAUACGUCCUUGAACGCGCAUUUGCGGCUACACAUCCGGCUGCAGAACCGCUGUUUCAAGAGGUGCUCGCAGCGUAUGGUGAGAUGGGCAAGGGGGCCAAGAGCGUGUUGAGGCGGUUGGAAGAUGUAAGGUUGAGGGGGAGGAAGAGGAGUAUGCUUGGGUGA